AUGGAGCUGGAAGGGCCUAAUCCUUCGGGUGUACUCGUGUUGGGCUUGAACCCUGGGCUGCAACACAUCCUUCGGCUUCGUGUGCUUGAUCUUGGUCAGGUGAACCGAGCAGAAGCUCACACGCUUGGCGUGGGGGGAAAAGGCCAGAAUGCUGCCAAAGCUGCAUGCGCUUUUGGCGCUUUUGCAUCCGCCGCAUUUGGUGCAAGCGGCGCAAGCCCCUGCCGUGUAACUGUGGCACAGUUCUUGGGUGGUUACACUGGAGAACAGAUUCGUCAGCUGCAGAUGCAACAAGGAAUCGAGGAUAUCACGGUGAUGGGUGCAACCACCAGGCAGUUUAUGACUUUGGUGGAUUAUCCGAGAACCGGCCUCCCAACCAUCUCGGAGCUUAUCACUCCUUCGGAACCUGUAAGCUCAGCCGCUGCAGAUGAGCUGCUUGCAAAGAUUGUCGCUGCAGCACCAACAUUCAAAGGCAUACUUCUGAUGGGGACCUGGCCGAACGGAACCAGCCGAGACUUCUAUCUGAAAGCUGCUAAAGCUGCUAAAGCUGCUAAAGCUGCUAAAGCCAAAACGGAUGGAGCGCGUGGAGCGUGGGUACUUCUGGAUGUUGCCAAGCCUGUGCAGGAUGUGAUUGAUAUCCUUGACGCUGGUGACGUUGAUAUCUACAAGGUCAAUGCGAUGGAGAUUUGUGCCCUGAUGGGCUUUGAAUGCAAGGAGGGGCAGAUCUCCGCAGAGCAAAUCAAUGAAGCGGCGAACAAGACGCUGGAGCGCUUUGGGGGGCUGAGCCAUCUUGCGAUCACUGAUGGCGCAAAAUCUGCAUUCCUCUACUCUCGAGAGUCUGGCAACAUUCGCUGCAUCCGUUAUGAUCUCCCAGAAGUGGAAUGCUUCAAUCCAAUUGGUGCAGGUGACACAAUGGCGGGCGUUUUGAUGGCUUCUUUGUGCUCUGAUAUUGCCAAGGACGUUGAGGAGGCUGUGCAUUUUGGGCUUGCUGCAGCUUCGGCAAAGGUCAAAUGUGAAGGAGAAGGUGGGAAAUUUGAAACGGCCAUUUUGGUCAGCAUCAAGGACGCCAUCAAGACUACCGUGUUGUAG